AUGCAGAGGUUGAACGUCGAUUCUAAUCAAAAUGUCGAAAAGACUAAUGACUUUCGAUAUAAUAAUUCAAAAUUGAACAAAAAAAAACGCCGCGGAAGGAAAAGUAGAUCGGAGAGAGAGAACACGUUCGAAGAUGUUAUCUCCUAUGUCGAGGAAAAAAGACAGGCACUAAUGGAAAAUGCAUUUUAUCAAGAAUUGGAAGAGAAUAUCAAAAUCAAAAUUCUCCCCCCAAACCGACCAACCCUCGUCGACAUCGUGUGUUACGGAAUAGGGAGCAUCGAAAAGUCAUAUAGAUCUCAAUAUCAAUUUGCGUUAUUGUUAAUUCUGAAGAACUUGCUCAAGAUAACGAGUAAAAUCUACGUGUACGAUCCCGUGUUAACCGAAGUUGACAUCGAGGUUUUGACUUAUUUCAAUGUAGAAUUAAUUAAAACUAAUGAGAAAGCAAAAAGAACUAUCUCCAAUCAAACUCUAUUCUAUAUGCCGCACUGUCCUCUUGGAUUAUACGAUAAUUUGAUCAGUGCGAAUUGGGAAAGAAAGAAGCUGGAAAACAUAAUCAUUUUCGGAAAUCGAUUAGAGUUCUAUGGUGAAAGCAUGACGAAGACCACAUUCAAUCGCAAGGCUCCAUACAUAAGUCAAAUAUCCUUGUCUAAAUUAUUUGGAUGUUCGCAUUUUCAACACGUAUACGUUUCCUUAACAAUCUUGUUAUUAUACGCAUUGAAAAUCCUCAAAAGUUUCCCUUUCCCAUCAAAUAUAACCACCGUAACAGAUAACAUCUUCAAUGACUUAAGCUGGCAAUGGUUUCGCAUGGGUAAUGAAGACGAUGAGGAUUUUGAAUUUUGGUGUGAGAUACAGAAAGUGGGUGAAGAUGAUUUAGAAGAUGAUUUGGAAAUAAUAUAA